AUGCUUCCGGUCAAGAGCUCUCAAAUGCCGGACAUUUCUGCGCUCUCUAUCUCCUCGAUGUCGGAUUACCACAAUUUCGAUUUCCCGGGCAAAGACGCGCAACGUGAAGCGGUGCUGGAUCUCAUCGACCAGCAGGGCUUCAUCCCCGACGACGUGGUCGAACACGAAGUCCAAUGGUUCUACGAUGCGUUGGGAAUCGACGACCUUUUCUUCUCGAAGGAAUCCCCUGAAAUGAUCGCCAACAUCAUUCACACCUUGUACGCGUCCAAAAUACAGUCCUUUGCCAAACUCAACAUUGCAGGAAACACCAGCGGCGAACCUGCAACUCCCUUGGCCGUGGAGGCAUCCCAAACCGGCGGGUUCUCCGUCAAGACCCAAGUGAUCACCGACACGCACUCGGUUUUCAUGGAAACGGGCCACCAGCUCGACGAAAAGAUCGAUUCCAUGCUUCUCGAUAGUCCCAAGAACCGCUACAGACUCAUCUCCUACACCGCAGAAAACGAUUUGAAACUCACGUUUGUGUAUCGCACGAUUUUUGCCCACGAACCCGCGGCGUGUCCCAAACUUUCUGCGGAACAGCUUUCCAACGGAGAGAUCGAUGCUAUCAGCGAUCUAACCAUGUCCCAAGUCACCUCCAAGGAAAACAAGAAACUUUACGGUCUCAUCAUGCAGCAGAUGCACCAACGCGAAGGUCCUAUCAUCAAGACGCUGCAUUCCGUUGCAGACCAGGACGAGGUUCGUAUUGUAGUCGGUUUCAAACGUGGCACUACUAAGAGCUACUACACCGCCCUGUCGUCUUUGCUGCACUACUACCACCUCAAGCCAUCCAAGGUAUAUUUGGAAACGUUUGCGAACGACGUGAUGAUCUACUCGCUAUACGUUAAACAAUCACAACAAUCCCAGGAUGUUUUGAACAGUUUGUCGAUGUCCAUCCUUCAAUUCGAAAGAGAGGCCUCUUUGUUGUACUCGAUUCCAAGCAACCACUUCCAGGAUCUGUACCAGCAGAGAAGUUUCUCUCCACAGGAAGCCAUCUACGCACACAUUGGUGCCAUUUUCAUCAACAACUUCAUCAACAGACUGGGUGAAGAGUAUCAGGACCUCGUAAGCCAAGUCAAUCUUUCUUCCACCACAAACAACAGCUCCAUGCUUGAAGUAUUGAACGGGCUCAAGAAAAAGUUGAGAAACGAGACCUACACGCAGCAGGUGAUUAUUGAUGUUUUGCACAAGUACAAGGACAUUGUCUCCAAGCUUUACAAAAACUUCGCUCAAGUCCAUUACGUAUCUUCCAGUCGCAGCGGCUUUGGGAAGACAUUGUCCUACCAGAGAUUGUCGCAGCUUGAGCCCUUCGCAGACGACAACGAAUUCGAGCAACACAUAAACAAGUUCAUUCCAAAUGACUCGCCAGACAUGUUGAUUCUAGAGACUCUCGCUAAGUUCAACAAGGCCGUGUUGAAAACCAACUUCUUCAUGACAAGAAAAGUGGCGAUCUCUUUCAGACUAGAUCCAAAAUUGAUUAUGCCACAGACAGAGUUCCCAGAAACACCUUUCGGCGUUUUCUUCGUGGUGGGAAACACUUUCAAAGCUUUCCACAUUCGGUUCAGGGACAUCGCUAGAGGUGGUAUUCGUAUCGUUUGCUCCAAGACUCAGGACAUUUACGAAGUCAACUCGAAGAUGGCCAUCGACGAGAACUACCAACUUGCCUCGACCCAGCAGCGUAAAAACAAGGACAUUCCCGAGGGAGGUUCCAAGGGUGUAAUUUUGUUGAACCCUACCUUGACUUCUCAGAAACAGACAUUCGUGGCCUUUUCUCAAUAUGUGGAUGCCAUCAUCGACAUCUUGAUUCAAGACCCUCUCAAGGAAAAGUACGUUGAUAGGUUGAAACAACAGGAGAUUUUGUUCUUCGGGCCAGAUGAGGGAACUGCCACUUUUGUCGACUGGGCUACCUCUCACGCAAAGAGCAGAGGAUGUCCUUGGUGGAAAUCCUUCUUGACAGGUAAGUCACCAUCCAUGGGAGGUAUUCCUCAUGAUGUUUAUGGUAUGACCUCAUUGAGUGUCAGAUCCUAUGUGGACGCCAUUUACGAAACUCUUGGUCUACAAACCACGACGAUUAACAAGUUUCAAACUGGUGGGCCUGAUGGUGAUCUUGGAUCCAACGAGAUCCUCCUAUCUUCGCCUAACGAACAAUAUGUUGCUAUCGUUGACGGCUCGGGUGUUUUGUGUGAUCCUCAAGGUCUUGACCAAGAAUCGCUCAAAGUUCUUGCCGUGAAAAGAAGCACAGUUUCUGACUACGACAAGUCGAAAUUGAGUUCUCAAGGUUUCUUUGUGUCUGUUGAAGAGAUUGAUGUUCGGCUACCAAACGGUGUUACAGUUGCCAAUGGUACGACCUUCAGAAACAGAUUCCACUUGGAGCUUUUCAAGUUUGUGGAAAAAGUUGACCUCUUUGUCCCUUGCGGUGGUAGACCAAACUCUGUUGACAUAAACGUUUUGCAAAACUUUGUUGAUCCAAAGACUAACAAGUGCAAGAUACCUUUCAUUGUCGAGGGAGCCAAUCUCUUCAUCACGCAACCUGCCAAGAUUGCACUGGAAGCACACGGGUGCGUUUUGUUCAAGGACGCUUCUACCAACAAGGGCGGUGUGACCUCUUCCUCUCUAGAAGUGCUAGCCUCUUUAGCCUUGAACGAGCACGAUUUUAUUCACAAAUUCAUUGGUAGAGAACUAGGUAAAACCACGAUGCUCUACAAUGAUUAUGUGAAGAUCAUUCAGGAAAGAAUUGAGAAAAAUGCCCGUGCUGAAUUUGACCAGCUAUGGCAGCUAAACCAGUCCACUGGCACUUCUAUUUCAGAGCUUUCAAACAUGCUCUCUCAAACCAUCAACAAGUUGAACGAUGAGCUCAUUAUUUCAAACGAACUGUGGAUCAAUGAUCUCGAACUCCGCAACUACUUAUUGUUGCAGAAGAUCAUUCCAACAUUGUUGAUAGAUGUUGCGGGUACUGAUCAAGUGCUGAAAAACAUCCCAGAAUCAUACUUGAAAGCCCUGUUGUCAAGUUACCUGUCCAGUUCUUACGUUUACAGCUACGGCGUGGAUGUGAACAUCGGAAAGUUCCUGGAGUACAUCGGUGAGUUGAAAAGAGAGGCCAAAGGGUUUAAGUAG